AUGGUGAUGCCGAUUUCAAACCAACAUUCAAUCUUAAUCCUCUGGCAGAGGAGUUCAUAUCUCGGUCAAGGAUUUGAUUUGAAUGGUACAACUUUAAACGAAGAAAUCUAUAACCUCGACACGAACGAAAUGCCAACAAAUGAACCUUAUUUGGAUCAAGAUAUUUCCAACAUGGAAAAUUGCAAUGGUAAUAUCAAGAGUACCCAUGUCAUACCAACGUUUAAACUACCUAAAUCUUCUAUCAAGAUUAUUUUAAUCAUAGAUAUUAUCUAUGAUUUUAAUAUCUUAGACGAGGAUCGAAAUUUAAUGAUAAUAUUUCGAGCACUAGAAACUUAA